AUGUCGACCCCCCAAAAGUCACCCUUCGAGUCGAAUAUUCUCAGAAUCCUCCGCAAUGAGAUACAGUACCAGUCCGAAUACGCUCCUCCUCAACAGGCUGCCAAAAAGUUUGAUUUGUAUAUGGUGGAAGAUCGACCUGGUGAACAGUGGAUUACCUUGAGGGGUACAUCUGCAUUGGAUGAGGAUAUAAAAAUUGAGGCUACAAUGUUUCAUGGCUUACUAGUUGAUAUAUCAAAGGGGGAAGGCUGUGAUUCACUGGAGUUUGUGUGCUCGGCGUGGCCAGAUUGUUUGGAGAUUCAGAAAGUUUACUUCUUUAAGCGUGAUGGGUUGCUGGCUCAGCCUUACAUGGGACCUAAUUUGAGGAAUUUGGAUAAGAAGAUUCAAAAUGCACUUCAUGAGUUCUUGAAGGCAAGGGGGGUAAAGGUUGACCUUUGUGUAUUCCUGCAUGAAUUUAUGAUGAAAAAGGGUAGAACUGAGCUUAUUUGGUGGUUGGGAAAAAUCAAGUCUUUUGUGGAGAAAUAG